GCAAAAACAAAGGAACACGAAACUGGAAAACUGGCAUCAAAUUGAAGACUUUUGUUCACUACCAAUUCCUCUGCGAUUUUCAGAAGCUGCAAAUUGAAUUCCAUUAAUGGCGUCUUUUCUCAAAUCUUCAGUUCUCUCUCAUCUACGAUCUCAUCCUCAGAGGACAGAUAACUUGUUCGCGCAGCCGAGCCGGAAUUUCCACAUCGAGCUCGGGGAGCGUGAGAAAGAUCUGUUGGAAAAGGAUGCAGCAUUGAAUCGGUUCAAGUCAAGUACUCAGAGCGUAAAGCAAAUUAAAAAAGUGGGAAAUGUUCUCAAAAUCAUUGUUGUGGCCGGCUGUUGCUAUGAGAUCUUUGUUAGGUUUACUGUGCGAGGGGAAGCUAAAAAGCAGGAAAGCUGAAGGGUACGAUCUAGCAUGAGUUUUGUGUUACAUUCCUGUGAUUUUGGCUGGUUCUAUCUGGUUGGUACUUUGUACCUGAAUAAGCAGCCCAACUAUGUCACCUUCAAGAGCUUGUAGCAUACAAAAUUCUUUGGCGCUUUGGCUCUGUACUUUUGUAGUUCUGUUUUUUGCUUCUUUUUCCAACAAAUAAUAAGGAAGAGUUCUCUAGUUUGAAGAAUUUGGUUAAGUGAUUAACGCCCGUUUGCCAACAAAGUAGUAUACAGAAUGAAUGUGGUUCUGGUUUCUAUUAUUGCUAAAAAUAAACAGACCUUGUACUACAGCUUCUAUCAAGGUUCAUUUCCCGUCUCA